GUGAGCUCAUGAGAAGCACGUGAGCUGACUCUUGCUGUCAUCCACUCCUCCUCUCCAACUGGAAGGCAUCGGCGUCGCAGCGAGCAAGUAGGCAGGCAUUGAGCGAGCCGGAGGUUUCGUUUAACCACUGCCGCCGGUGGCCGGAGAAAAGCCUAAACUCAGAAGAGAAAAUUCGAGCAGAAAAGAUUUAGUUUUUUCUUUUCCUUUUUCCCUCGUGAUAAAGAGAGAUGAGAACAGGGAAGGGUAAUCAGGAAGACGAAGAGUACGAGGAAGAAGAGUUCAGCACCAAGAAAUACGGCACUUCUUCCACUGCUAACAACAACAACGCCAGCAGCAAAGAUCCUAAGAACAAUGAUAAGGCAAGUGCGAUACGGUCAAAACACUCAGUCACAGAGCAGCGAAGGAGGAGCAAAAUUAACGAGAGAUUCCAGAUAUUGAGAGAUCUCAUACCCCAUAGUGAUCAAAAGAGAGAUACAGCAUCAUUCCUACUGGAGGUGAUUGAGUAUGUUCAAUAUUUACAAGAAAAGGUACAAAAAAAUGAGGGUUCUUACCAGGGAUGGAGUUCCGAGCCUACAAAGUUGAUGCCAUGGAGAAAUAGUCACUGGCGUGCUCAGAAUUUCGUUGGCCACCCUCAAGCCAUAGAAAAUAUUUCUGGUAUGGGGUCGACGUUUCCUGGGAAGUUUGACGAGAAUAAUGUCUCUAUAACCCCAACCAUGCUUACAAGCACACAGAGACGUGUAGAAUCUGAUCCUAGCAGGGAUAUCGCCUGCAAACCGAUCGAUCUGCAACCUGAGUUAGUGAACAAAGGAUCAACUUUGCCCAUGCCUCUGCAAACCAACGCGCUUGCUUCUGUCAGAAGUGAUGGUGUGCAAGCCCAUCCUCUUCAGGGGCCGUAUUCUGAUGCACAAUCAAGUGAGUGUCCAACGACCAGUGAAACACUGAACCAACAGGAGGAGCUGAUAGUUGAAGGGGGAACAAUUAACAUCUCGAGCGUUUACUCUGAUGGGCUUUUGAAUGCUUUGGCACAAGCAUUGCAGAGUGCAGGGGUGAAUCUGUCACAGGCCAGCGUCUCAGUGCAGAUUGAUCUUGGGAAGAGACGAAACAGAGGGAUGACUUCAGAAACAUCCACCCCAAAGGAUCACGAGAUUCCCCCCUCUAGCCAUCAAGCAAUGGCACAUCUAAAAGAUGCAGGCCGCAGAGAGGACUCGGAUCAAGAUCAAAAGCGGCUAAAAACAUAAAACUAAUAUGUGUAUUCCUUGGAUCUCUGAUUUAUCCAAGAUUUUACUUGCUUACUUACUACUGUUUCAUCUCCUGGUUAUUGUGCAUGCGGGUUUUAAACUUUUAACACUAUUUCGUGAUCUCUAUCCAGAAUUGCUCCAUUAGUUAUAAAUU